CGUGUACAAUGGCGACAGCCCCGUCAACUCGCCGAAUCUGGGAAUGGGGUAUUUGACGAGGUGGGUGAGGCCGAGUGUGAGGAGGCGGGAUAGGGAUUGUGGUGGUGGUGGUGGUGGUGGUGAGGAGGUGGUGUAGGUUUGGUUAGGUGAUUUAUGGGUAUAUGGAUGGAUGGAUGGGUGGACGGAUGGAUGGAAAUGGCGUUUGGUGGUCUGCGAUUGAGAGACGGGUUUAUGAGGUGCAGCGGACGAAAGCACAGAGUUUUUGGACUAAUCGAAGUGGACUUACCUGCCCUACACACAGAGUACAGGAUAUAGACGCAUCGACGUGAGAUUCGCAAUCCGUGCUCCGGCUUCUCAGUCGGAAUCCGCUGCCUCCCCAGCACAGAAACGUGAACUUUUCGCAGCAGCCUUAUUUCCUACUCCAUGCCGAUGCGCCUACACCCCAUACCCACCCACCAAGCCUCACCAACAAUCUCACCUACCCCCACUCCUCUCUUAUACUAGUUCCCCGCAACCUGCCUUCUUCAGCCCACACCCACCAAAUUUAAGUCCUCGACAUCGGGUUCCAGUUCCCUUAAACAGCGGGUCCACCUGCCCCCGUCAUCGCGCUGCCCCACGCCAUCUUCCCCGCGACUUUCCUUUUGUGGUCC